AUGAGUGGCCUUCGAUUCCUCGAUCUCAUCAAACCCUUCUCGCCAAUCCUCCCCGAGGUGCAGCAACCGGAGACAAAGGUCCCUUUCAACCAAAAGUUGAUGUGGACGGGUUUGACCCUCUUGAUAUUUUUGGUCAUGAGCCAGAUGCCAUUGUAUGGUAUUGUGUCCUCUGACACCUCGGAUCCUCUAUACUGGCUGCGAAUGAUGUUGGCGAGUAACAGAGGAACGCUGAUGGAGCUGGGCAUUUCCCCAAUCAUCUCCUCGGGAAUGGUCUUCCAGCUUCUUGCUGGCACACACUUGAUCGAUGUCAACCUUGACCUGAAGUCUGACCGCGAGCUUUACCAGACUGCCCAGAAGCUUUUCGCCAUUAUCUUGUCAAUGGGACAGGCUACCGUUUAUGUUUUCACUGGUCUCUACGGUCAACCAUCCGACCUCGGUGCCGGUGUUGUAUUCCUCCUCAUCCUUCAAUUGGUUGUUGCUGGUUUGAUUGUAAUCCUUCUCGAUGAGCUCCUCCAGAAGGGCUACGGUCUGGGAAGCGGUAUCUCGCUCUUCAUUGCCACCAACAUUUGCGAGUCCAUUGUCUGGAAGGCUUUCUCCCCAACUACGAUCAAUACUGGACGUGGACCAGAGUUCGAGGGUGCCGUUAUUGCUCUCUUCCACCUCCUCUUCACCUGGCCAAACAAGCAACGCGCUCUCCAGGAGGCUUUCUACAGACAAAACCUGCCCAAUGUUAUGAACCUUAUCGCCACUCUUGUUGUGUUUUCGGCCGUCAUUUACCUCCAGGGUUUCCGUGUCGAGAUACCCGUCAAGUCUUCACGACAACGUGGCGCUCGCGGAUCAUACCCCGUCCGCCUCUUCUACACCUCUAACAUGCCUAUCAUGUUGCAAUCUGCUCUGUCCUCCAACGUCUUCCUGAUUAGCCAAAUGCUGUACUCCCGCUUCUCAGAGAACCUCCUCGUCCAACUAUUCGGUGUUUGGGAGCCAAAGGAUGGAUCUGCUCAGCUGUUCGCUACAUCUGGUCUUGCCUACUAUAUGUCUCCUCCAUUAAACCUCACUGAGGCUGCCUUGGACCCUAUUCACACUGCUGUCUACAUCAUCUAUAUGCUUGUUGCUUGCGCCGUCUUCUCCAAGACCUGGAUCGAGGUUUCCGGCUCCAGCCCCAGAGAUGUCGCCAAGCAGCUCAAGGACCAAGGUCUUGUCAUGGCCGGCCACAGAGAGCAGAGCAUGUACAAGGAGUUGAAGCGCAUCAUCCCAACUGCGGCUGCUUUCGGUGGUGCUUGCAUUGGUGGUCUUUCGGUUGCCAGUGACUUGAUGGGUGCCCUCGGAUCCGGAACCGGUAUCUUGCUGGCUGUCACCAUCAUAUACGGAUAUUUCGAAAUUGCGGCGAAGGAAGGUGAUAUGGCAUCUAUGAAGGGUAUGGUUAUGGGAUAA